AUGUUAAAUCGUCGAAUCAAUUAUAUCCAGUUUCCUUUCUUUCUUUUUCCCAAGAUAACAGAAAUGUCUAAACCAGCCGAACAAAGAUUAUGGGGUGGCCGCUUUACCGGUGCAACCGACCCGUUGAUGGAUCUUUAUAAUGCUUCGCUUCCGUAUGAUCAGAAAAUGUACGAUGCUGACUUGACAGGUACAAAGGUUUACACUGAAGGAUUGAAUAAACUUGGAUUGAUCAACGACCACGAAUUAUCUGAGAUCCACAGAGGCUUGGAGAUCAUUAGAAAGGAAUGGCAAGAAAAAACUUUUGUGGAGAAGCCUGGCGAUGAGGAUAUCCACACAGCCAACGAAAGAAGAUUAGGUGAAAUCAUUGGAACUCAUAUUGCCGGAAAAGUUCACACUGGCCGUUCUAGAAACGAUCAAUGUGCUACAGACUUGAGAAUUUUUGUUCGGGAAACAUUGACCGAGUUACUUCUGUACUUAAAAACUUUCAUUGAAAGCAUCUUGAAAAGAGCCGAGUCAGAAAUCGAUGUCUUGAUGCCAGGAUAUACCCAUUUGCAACGGGCACAGCCUAUCAGAUGGGCACACUGGUUAUCUUCAUAUGCCACAUACUUUACCGAGGAUUACAAGAGAUUAAAACAAGUGUUGGAAAGGGUGAACCAAUCUCCUUUGGGAGCAGGCGCUUUGGCUGGUCAUCCAUAUGGAAUUGACCGUGACUUCUUGGCUCAAAAGUUGGGAUUCGAAGGUGUCAUUGGAAACUCCUUGACUGCUGUUUCUGACCGUGAUUAUGUUGUUGAAACAUUGUUUUGGUCUUCGUUAUUCAUGAACCACAUCUCAAGAUUCUCGGAAGACUUGAUUAUUUACUCUACAGCAGAGUUUGGUUUUGUUCAGUUGGCAGAUGCUUACUCGACUGGGUCUUCUUUGAUGCCUCAAAAGAAGAACCCAGACUCUCUCGAGCUUUUGAGAGGCAAAUCGGGUCGUGUUUUCGGCUCUUUGGCUGGCUUUAUGAUGUCUUUGAAGUCAAUUCCGUCGACCUACAACAAGGACAUGCAGGAGGACAAGGAACCGCUUUUCGACGCUUUGACUACUGUAGAACAUUCCAUCUUGAUUGCCACGGGCGUGAUUUCUACUUUGUCCAUUAGAAAGGAGAAAAUGGAAGGUGCGUUGACUAUGGACAUGUUGGCCACCGACUUAGCUGACUACUUGGUCAGAAAGGGUGUGCCAUUCAGAGAGACCCACCAUAUCUCCGGCGAGUGUGUCAGAGCUGCAGAAGAGCUCAAGUUGUCUGGUAUUGACCAGUUGCCUUUUGAGAAGUUGCAAGAAAUCGACUCGAGAUUUGGCGAGGAUGUGAAGGAAGUCUUCAACUUCGAAGUGAGCGUCGAAAGAAGAGACGCUGUUGGCGGAACUGCAAAGUCUGCGGUCAUGAAACAACUCAAGGAGUUAGGCAGUCAACUUUAA